AUGAAGUUUCUUACUACAAACUUUGUCAGAUGCCCAAUUCUGAAGUGCGAUAACUCACUCAAGGCCUUCCCAUUACAAUAUAAGAACUGUGAGCUUAUACAAGAAGAGCUUGAAUUCAACCCAGAAUUUCUUGCCAACAUUCUUGAUAGACUUAAUUGGGAAGCCAUCAUUGCUGUUGCCGGUGAUUUGGGAAAUGAUUCACUUCCGCCAACUAAGCCAGAAAAUGUUGAUCCAAAAGAUCCUGAAAACGAACAAUUGUUGAAAGACUUGCAUACUUUAUUGAUCGAGACCCAGAUAACCGAAGGUGAAAUGCAUUGUGGUGAAUGCGGUCAUAUUUACUACAUCAAGAGCUCAAUUCCAAACUUUUUGCUUCCACCUCAUUUGGUUUAG